AGUCCACAAAUAAACUGCCACCACUGUUUCUCCUCCCAGAUAUUUGGGAAGAACAACUCCCACACUUUCCCGCUGUCCUAUUUUCCUUUCUGUGGUCUGAUGAAUUUCCGCCGUUUGAUUUCCUCUUCACCCCAUCGUUCAAACCCUUGCUGCGGCCCACCAAAAAUUCCAACUCCCCCAUGGGAAGGACUCCAUCAACAGGGCAGAAUCCGCUCCAAACCGGCCAGGAUCGCUCUGUUUGGGCGUGGCUUCAGCUGUCCGCAACUGGGAUUUCAGCGGUGGAGAUUUUCAAAGGCAAAAAAAGGGAAAUUUGUGAUAGUGAAGUUGAGGGAUGAGGGCGAGGGUGUGAGGAAAGAGGGCAGUGUUGCUGGUGCUGUUGCUCUUAUUGUUGGGACCAGCAUUGGUUCUGGGAUUCUUGCUCUUCCAAACAAAACUUCCCCCGCGGGAUUACUUCCGACCUCGAUAUCACUGACAAUGUGUUGGGCUUUUCUGUUGAUUGAAGCUCUCUUGCUAGUUGAGAUCAACGUCGGUUUGCUGAGGAAGAAGAAAACGGAAGCAGAGGAUGAUGAUGAUGAGUUUGAGGUGAUAUCCAUUAGAACAAUGGCUGAAGAGACACUAGGAGAAUGGGGUGGAGCUUUAGCAACCGUGACGUAUGUGUUCUUAGGUUACACUUCCAUGAUAGCUUAUAGUUCCAAGUCCGGGGAAAUCCUACAUCGUCUAACCGACUUUCCACAGUCGACUUCUGGAGUUGUUUUCACUGCCCUUUUCGCCGUUCUGAUAUCUGUAGGCGGCACGAGAGCCACAGACCAAGUGAACCAGUGGCUGACAGUGUCCAUGAUAGGUCUGCUUGCAGCAAUAGAGGUUCUUGCCGUUCUGUUUGGAGGGUGGUCGGGGUUUGAGGGAAGCAGCGGCGACUGGGGAAAAGUUCCUCCAACUCUUCCGGUUAUGAUAUUUGCUUUGGUUUAUCAUGAUCUAGCUCCAGUUCUAUGUGCUUAUCUCAAAGGUGAUCUUACACGUAUACGGGCUUCGGUUUUGCUUGGCAGUGUGGUGCCGUUGUUCGCAUUGCUCAUCUGGGAAGCAAUAGCACUAGGCCUCUCCAACCAGGCAGACCAAGCGUCUGAUCCCAUCGAAUUGCUUCUAAGAGUGGAGUGGAGUGGAGUUCCAUUUAUGGUUGAGGCGUUCUCGCUUCUGGCCGUGGGAACAUCACUAAUAGGCACUCUUCUGAGUUUCUCAAAGUUCUUCAAAGAGCAACUUAACAAUGUGACCUCAGGUUCUCCAUCAGGACGACAACUUCCAGAGGAAUCGAACUAUUUCUAUUACGUCAGCAGUUGGUGGGAGAAAAACAAAGCGAGCGUUAUGGCAACUGUAAUGGUCGUUGCUCCUUCCGUUCUUGUGUCGACAACUGUACCUGACGCAUUUUCUGCAGCCACGGAUAUUGCUGGAGGCUACUGCAUGACGAUGCUGUAUGGAGUUCUUCCUCCGGCAAUGGCGUGGGCGAUGAACAAGAAACAAGGCCAAGAAACUGAAGAAACAGCAAUGUCAAGAGCACGGCCUGCUCUUGUUGGUGUCGGAUUGUUUGCUUGUGGGAUUGUAGUGGAACAGAUCCUUCAAGAUUUCUCAUUCUUGCAUCCUUAAUUACCUCACUUGCUUCUCCCUUGUCCCAAGUGUUCUUCAGGAGGAUGUAGUUACCAUACAAGAAAAACUUAUGUGCAGAUGUAAAUACAUUAUACCUUUUGUUGUUUUGUAGGGGUGUUAGUGUAAUGUACUUUAGAAAUAUCAACGAAAAACUUCGCGACUUAAUAGGAGUGUAUUUAUAAGUACAACUACGACCUUCAAGGAUGUAUUAGUAAUUUUACAAAAGGCAGCAAGUAUUUGUAUAAUUGGACAUAACUUCGAAAGGUGAUAUUGUAAUUUACUGUAAUA